GGAACACAUAGCAAAAUUGUGAACGGGUCCAGGAAGGGUGUACAUGUACCUGGUGGCAUGUAUGUUGAGAGCACAGCAGGCAGUACGAAAUUGGUUUCUUUGAGCACACAUAAACACACAGGACACAACAAUGGCCAAAGUAAAGAGACGCCGCUACAGUCAAGCCUAUUCCUGCGCAGUAGAAUUACGAUUUUGGAUUCCCCUAGUGGCGCUGGUGGUCAUUCUGGAAAUUGGAAUUUUGGGCUUUUUAAUGUUUCAGUUGGAGACCCAGCAGCAACAUCAUCAUCAUCACAAUCAUCCGUGGGGAGGCUCCUUGUCAGCUGUACGACGAAAACUGCUGCGUCUGUGGGAUCCUCAUCAUUGGAACCAAAAGAACAAGGAAAGUUUGUCCAGCAUGGCGAGAGAAUUGGGGCAAGUUCCACCCUUUCAGCAGUCCAAGUUUUCCCAACAUCAUCUUGACAACAACAAUAACCAUACCCAGCCAUCAUUGGACAAUUUCUACAGUCGGCCUCAUCUUUCUUCUUCUUCGUUAGAUGAUCAUGACAAGAAUAACCACAACAAGCAACCGUUUCUGAUCACCGUGGGAUCCGACGGCAGUGGCACACGCAUGUUUGUCCAAACCUUGAUGGAUUUGGGUGUCCCCAUGGUCGUGGACAGCUACGACACUAUGGAUAUCAAUGCCGAGGAAAUUGUCAUUGAAGGGCAACAUGGACGCAAGGACCGUGGAUGGCCGCCCCUGGUACACAUGGUCAUGGGGGAAACGCAUCGAGCCGCCAAUUAUACCCUCCAUGAUCUUACAUCCCAAGCACAACGACAACAAGUCAUGACCGCCUUGCUAAAACUCAAAUCCAGUCUGCUGCAAAAAGCACAUCAACUCAAAAAAGAGGAACGCGAUCUUAUUACAGCCAAACCCCCGGCAGCCGGUGUACAGUUGGGAUUCAAGGCACCCAUUGCCAUGCUGUUGCUGCCCUUGUUGAAACAAGUCUUUGGAUCCAUCAAGGUUCUUCACGUGGUGCGCGACGGCAGAGAUGUGGCGCUCAGUGACAAUACCAGCCCACUGCAAAAGUUCUAUCGAGCAUUUUACGGCCCACGUCCCUUUUUGCAGGCACAUGGUCAGCAGCAAAAACCUCCUAACGUGCAAUUGGGCAUGAUGCAAUUGUGGGCCGAUUGGAAUCAACAAGUCUAUCAAUGGGAACAAGAACAAGUGCAGAAGCAAUUGCAGCAGCAAAUACUACGAGAAGAAAAUUCAAAUGUUAUUGACAACGACAGUGACAACAGCAACAACAAUCAACCUCAAUUGGAUUACAUGGUGCUACGAACCGAAGACCUGCUUCAUCCCGAUACACGGUUAGAAGCACUGGUACAACUGGCAGAGUUUGUCGGUGCCCGCGUCACACCGCGUGAUUUGUGCUGUCAGAGUCAACGACCGCUUCACGACAUGGGACAAUCCAAUAAUCGAGAGGCUUUGACCAAAGACAUGUUUCUGGAACUCCUCUUGGGAAGAAAGGACCGAAAGACGCAGCAACAAGAAGAACGGGCCGUCAAGGCACGUUAUGGGAAAUGGAGACAUGCUCCGCCCGAGUUGUUGUGGCAGUUGGAAGAUAUUGGCAAGGAAACACUGCAACUGUUUGGCUACAAUCCACCAAGGAGGUUUCUCGAUCGUGCUGGCAGGGGACUCCACUGUGACGAGAUUCUCCGGGAGGAUGCCAGGGACUGCCCGCAAUGAAUGACAAACGGUGCACCUUUUGGGAACGGUUCAGCAAUAAAUUGGCUUUGGGUUGCUCUGGUUCCUACAAUCCAAUCGAUGCGAGAUUCGCACAGAACACAUGCAUUGGGUAAAACACAGUUGAAGUCAAUGCUGGCCAAAUUGGUUACGGGGAAGGUCGGUUAUUUCUUUUACGCCUACUUCAAUGUGAUCAUGCUGUGGCUUAGUUUGGCUUAUUCUUCCUCUCAUGAAGCUUGACACGAGUCCAAUCCUUCUCCGAUGCAAUGCUCGUUCAUUCGUCCACUCUUCAACUAGCAUUGAGGACACAAUGCGCUGGGAUCACGUAGCAGUAGAUAAAACAACACGUCGGGCUUGUCCUGCUUCUUGUAGCAACAAGCAGCCCAAUGGACAGGCAUGAUCUUCUCGCCUUCAUCCCAGCAGACAAAGUGAUCUCCUUCGAAGGCUUCUGGUUUGUGCUGAAGAAGAGUCUGGACGACAGAUAGUGGGGCCCUGCGGGAAAGUGCCGUAGUCAGCCCCUUUCGUAGUGCUUCUGGUCCUGACAGCUCAAGAAUCUGCUGGAAUAUUUUUUUUGAUUCCUUGAUGCGAUUGAUCUGGGGUUCCCGGCAUUUUGUCUGCAACUGGCGAAUGGCAAAGUCGAGGGGGUACCGGCCGCCCUUGUCUGCCAAGUGCACUUCAUGAGGGCGUUCUACAGUCAAGUGGUCAAUGAUUUGAAGCGACGCCCGCAUCUCCAGCGCAUAAUGCAUCAAAGGCUCCAUAGUCUCCUCCAUUUUUUGGUGUGCCACUGACGGAAUGGAUUUAUAUACAUCCAUGAAGAGCUCCGCUGUCGCUGAAUAAUCCCAGAUGACUUUUUUCUUGAUGAUGAAACGCAAUGGAUCCCUGGGAAGACGUUCGAUGUACUUGCAGGGAUCAGAAGGAGGAAAGAAUAGUUUCAAGAGAGAGGAAAGAAUUUGCGCCCCUUUAGGGAAACGCCAACGGCGUUCGAACCAAAUCUGAUUCUCCAGCAGAUUAUAGCUCCCGCCGUUUAGUGCAGGUGGCAUCUUGUAAAAGAGAGCAUCCGGAUUUUCUUCCGCCAAGUACAUCAAACAUUCCAGUGGCAUGACAACACGCUGGGUGAAGAUGUCAUGCCGGUGGCUGACUGUUUUCAUCCAGCAUUGGUGAAGAGGAAGCCACCCAUCAAUGUUUUCCGUCAUCAAACCAUUUGGAUAGGCAUCCACCACAUAUUCGAUGGCUUCUUGGGAGGCGCCCGGGCAAGCCACAAUGCAGUGGACUGGCAAGUUUCCAAAGAAUCCCUUCUGCUCGAGACCUUUUGGAUAGGCAUCCACGACAAACUUGACCACGUCCAAUGGAGCGGCACGGUCGCAGGCAUAGUGGACAGGCAAUGCUUUGUAGUCAUUGGCCACGGCGAGUCCUUCGGGAUACUGUUCCGCAAGGAAUUUGACCACAGAUAAGGGAGCACCACGACUACACGCAUAGUGUAAGGCCAAGUGACCCGUAGCAUCCCGCUCUUUGACACAAGCUGGAUUCUUCUGGACCAAGUGCAUCACCUUGGCCAGCGUCGCAGCGGCUCCACUUCUCACCAACUGGUGAAGCAACAGUCGCUCUCUUCGGUCUCGUCGCUUCUGCGACUUGCUCUUCUGCGUCUUUGUCUCUUGGCUCUUCUUCUUCAUUGUUGUCGUGUUGUCUUUGCAAUCGGAUAUUGACAGCAAGGACACGCUCUUCGUCGGCAUUGGUGCUUUUCCGCCCUGGCGCCCUUUCCAUUUUGGUAUUUUUCCAUUUUCCUUUUUCCAAUUUCAUUUGUUUCCUCUUUUAAAAAGCGGGUGUAUAGAACGACUUUCGAAUCAGCAUUCUUGAAUGAAAUCUAAUCACCAGUGAAUCCACAGUGGUGUCGGGUUAUGGUCAACUUACUUAACGUUUUACAAAAGUCGGCAGGUUUGGGGUACUCCGAAUCAAACUCUCUAGCGGACAUGACGGAUUUGAAGGAAGGGCCAUGGGAUCCAGUUCAAUGGGUAAAAGAUCAUCCGAUCCAGCGCAAAUUUCUCAAGUUGCACCCAGAGGCGUGGUCGGUUUUAGCUAAUAGGCAGAUUCCGGAUUGGUUCGCUAACCUCAACGAAGAUGAGAUUUGGUGCCCUGUGGAAACAACGGAGUGGUGGUCGAGUCUUUAUGUUGAUGGUUACGUUGAUUUAAACUAGAAACAUGGA